GAUUGCAAGAACUAAUGAUGCAGGGCACAACACAUUUUCUUUCGUAGUAUAGAAUUUUUGUUUAAUGAAUUUUGCUCACAGUCCCGGAGAUGAACAUGGGAGUGGGACUACAUCAAAUGAGUAACAACAACAACAAUCAUUCCAGUACUACCUCGGAUGACAAUGAGUGCACAGUGCGUGAACAAGACCGCUUCAUGCCAAUUGCCAAUGUGAUUAGGAUCAUGAGGAAGAUCCUACCCCCACACGCCAAAAUCUCAGACGAUGCCAAGGAAACUAUCCAAGAAUGUGUCUCCGAGUACAUCAGCUUCAUCACUGGGGAGGCCAAUGACCGCUGCCAGCGCGAGCAGCGCAAGACAAUCACCGCCGAGGAUGUGCUUUGGGCAAUGAGUAAACUUGGCUUUGAUGACUACAUUGAGCCACUCACUAUCUAUCUCCACCGCUACAGGGAAUUGGAGGGUGAGCGUGCCUCCAUUAGAGGGGAGCCAUUUCUCAAGAGGACUGGUAGCACUGCUACUGUUGAUUUCAGUGCCUUUGGUAUUGCCCCUUUUGCUCCUGCAACUGCAACUGCAUUUCAUCAUCAUCAUGGUUUCUUUGGAGCUCCAACUGUCACUGGCUACUUGAAGGAUGCAUCCGACGAUAAUAAUAACAGUCCUGCAGGUUCCUCACACGCUGCCAUGGCUAAUGGGGAUGCAUUUCCUCACCAUAAAUAAGAUUUAUGCGUGUAACGUUGCCAUCUUCAAGAUUUAUGCGUGAAUUGCAAUUUUCAGCUGCUUUAAUUUUCCCUGUUUAACAAGGGGCCUUUGUCUGGUUGUCUCUCUUUAUUUCAAGCACAAAGCAAAGAACGUUACUCAAGCUCAAGGAAUCAUUUGAUUAAACUUGCACCAAAUGGAAUACAUAGUGAGCACUGAAAAUAUGACGCUCCUUGUAAGAACGAAUCCCUGUUAUCUACUAAGUUUUCCAGAUACACUGAGACAGUAAGAGUCUACCAAGGCCAUUAAAAAGCUUGGAAGGUUCAAAAUGGGGCAAAAGUUUCAGUUAGUUGGUAAGACUCUUCUAGUCAGACAAAGGUGCUUCAGUGCACUG